GAUAAAUAUACGAAAUAACGCUGUAAACUCAACACAACCGUGCCGUGCCGACGAACGGAAGAGCGCACAAAGCGUAAUGUGAGAGAAUUGAAAAAAAUCAUCAAGUAUAGAGGCCAAAAGCAAACGCAGCAGUUAGGCAAAUUUUAAUAUUUUUGAUUAAUAAUUUAAAAUAUCGCAUGCUGGCUGCAUUAACGAGAAAGUGAAUGCAAGCGGCACGAAAAUUGCGGUAAGAUAAACAGCCAAACUGAACAGCAAAUAGCCAAAAAAUUCAAAGAAGCGACGACGACCAACCAGCCAACCAACACUUACAUACAUAUAUACAUACUCCGACAUAUAUGCACGCACACAAACACACACACACACGCACGCAUACUCCAGUGAAAAAGUGCAAGCCGCGAGCGCUUUUGAAGGCGUGAAACAGAGAUCAGCUUCAAAGAAGUUGAACUAAACACAAAGAAGGCAUGCAAAUUUGAUUGGAAUUAUUGCUAUGACCAGAUGCUGAUGUUUGCAAACACAUUUCCGUGUUUUUAGGAAGGCAACAUCGAACGGCGAACGGCAAUUGCCGACGACUACUGCUGCGGCCGCGAUAGAACUCAUACACGCACACAUAUACACAAGUCCACACGCAGACACACAUAAACACAGUCAAAUACAGUGAAGCACGCACACACACACACGUAUAUAUAUAAAUAUAUAUAUAUAUAAAUACACACACCCGCGCGUUCCGCAGUGUGGAGCAGGAGCUACAGGAAGGCGUGAGGCAUAGAGCGGGGAGGAAGAGGCCCGGCAGCCAGGCAUCGCAGCGCUGCCGCCAUUAUCUGAAAGAGAAGCAGAGGGAACAGCGCGGGUCGACAAGUUGAUGCCACUGCUGACUAGCGUUACCAUUGUUUUCGUCGUCGUUGUCGUCUUUGGCCAGGAGGAGGAACUCUGUAUCAUAUAAAUAUYAACAACAACAACAAUAACAAGAGAAGCGUAUUGGCGAAAACUUUGCAUUGAUGGUAAUGCAUGCUAGAAAACCGCAGCGUAUGAACGAUGGGUACUUUGAGAAGCAUACCAGUCACACAUCCUACCAGAGCUCAAAGUACAGCAGUUCAAAGCGCGACUAUGAACGCGAUCGUUCCUCCAAUUAUCGCGAUCGUGACAUUUCACCUGGCGGUGGUGGUGGCGGAGGCGGCGGUGGAGGUGGUGGUGGCGGCGGCGGAGGAGGUGGCGGCGGUGGCGGUCCAUUGAAUAAUGGCAACAGUUAUCGUUCACAAUCACCGGACAUAGAUUCACCAUCAUCGCGCUCGCAUGAUCUGCGCGAACGCAGCGAUCAUCGGAGUGGCGGAGGCGGUGGCGGCGGCGGAGGUGGCAGCAACGAUCGCUACAGUUAUAUACAAAAGAUGCGUGAUCGGGAUAGGGAUCUCUACAAAAAGGAUAAAUAUUCCGAUAAACGUGAUCGGCGCGGCAAUGAUCGCGACUCGGAGUCAUCGUAUCGCACGAACCACGACAGGGAUCGUCGUGGCGGUGUGGCAAAGCUAUGCUCGUCGCGCGAAAACGAUAAGCGCUCCGGUUCCGAUGAUCGGGAUCGUGAGCGUGAUCGCGAUUUGCGCGACAAGCGUGACAGAGGCGCCGAUCGUGAUCGGGAUAUGUACAAGAAGGACAAAUAUGCAGACAAACGGGAGCGCAGCGAUCGUGGCGAACGUGUGGCGCGCUAUGGCGACUGGAGCGAGCAUGUGAGCUCAUCCGGUAAAAUGUAUUACUAUAACUGCAAAACUGAAGUCUCCCAGUGGGAGAAGCCUAAGGAAUGGGUAGAUAGAGAAAGAAAUUUGCCGCGUGAUCAACAUCGUGAGAAGGAUUACCGCGAUAAGGAUCGGGAUCGAGAUCGCGAUGAUCGAUUCUCAAGAUCGACAUACAAACAUUCCAAUUCAUCGCGCGACAAUUCACGACUGAGAUGGAAUUACGAAAAUGAUGGCGGGCCGCCCAGCCAUCGAAGGCGAUUGGAUGGUCGACAUAACGAUAAUGCUGAUAUGGACAUUAGUGGCGACUCGACGCCCACCUCGGAGGCCAGUUAUUCGUUAAGCGGCACACCCACCACGCAUGGCGGCAGCGUGGGCGGCGGCAUGCAGUCUAGUGAACAGUCGUCUCUGAUGCCACAGGGUGGAUUGUGUAAUGCACUGCCUCGACUGGCCUCCCAUCCAAAUACCGGCGCUGUGGUCACGCCCAUUGGUGCGCAUUAUGGUGCCAUCGGUGUCGGCGGCACUGGCGGCGGCAGCGGUGGCGGAGGCGGCGGUGGAGGCGGUCCUGUUAGCGGCGCCACAAUGUUGCCCACCAGCGGAUUGGCCUCGGUGCCGUCCAACAUUGCCAACAGCAGCAACAGCAGCCUUAGAAACUCAGUUGUCGGCCACAUUGGCUCAACGUCCAGCACGACAGUACCGACGCUGGCGAAUCAGGAUCAUCAUCUGAACUCGAAUGCGCCCGGGCCGCCUGGCAAGCUGAUCGGCGCUGGUGUUAAGGAACAGACAGCAUUGUCGCAUCGACAGAAGUUACAUUUAGUCCUGAGCGGCAUGGAUGUGCCCCAUCAUCAUAUGCUGGUCCCCGGCAGCAGCGCCAGCGGCGUGGGCCCAACGGGCGCAGGCAGUGGCUCAUCCGUGGAUGUCGUGAACCAUGCCUACAAUUCGGUUAACAAUGUGACUGCUGGCAGCUUAAGCAGCUUAGGCAGCUUAAGGGAUAGCAGCCAACUCAACUCACCGCUGUGCAUACCGCAUGCCCAUCAUAGUCUGUCGCCAUCGCUGAGCUAUACAAAGAGUCCGAUACCAACGAUCGUGAGUCACACGAACAAUGUGAACGCAAGCAAUGCCUACACCUGCAAUGCACCGUUUGGCCUCAAGGCGGUCGAUGGGCUUGCCGUUGGCGUGGGCGUGGUGUCCUCCUCACCGGCGUCAAAUGCGAUCGGCAAUAGCAAUGCGAUUGCCGGCAGCAACAGCAGCAGCAGCAGCUGCAACGUACCCGGCCUGGGCACUGUCAGCGGCAUCAGCGUCAUCACCUCCAUGGGCAGCAAUAGUUUGUGCGGCGGUGCAGCUGCGCUUGGCGAGGGACCGCCAACGCCAACACAAGAAUUAGAUUUAAGUGGCUCAGCUUUAGAACAACACCAACAUCAACACCAACAGGUGGCUGCUGCAGCAGCCGCCGCCGCAGCAGCCAUGGCUGCGGUGCAAGCAACGCAACAGGCGUCGCAACAGGCCCAACAACAGCGCAAACUCGAUGGCGCCGGUUCGGCUACGCUAAGCACACUCCAGAGCUGCGUGGCCUCUGUGCAGGCGGCAAAUCUGCGCGGCCCGGAAAUUUCACCCAAGCUAGCAAAAUACUUUCGCGCUGAUUUAAUUGCGCACGUGACCAACUGGCAGGCGGAAAUUCUGGAGCGUCAGGCGCAAAAGUGCUGCGAGGACACGCAUCUAUUUGGGGACAUCAACUGCACACGGAUAUGCGCCGAAUUGAAGUGUGCGCGGAGUUUAGUGCGUAGCACGGAGAUCAAUGCGACGCUGCAAGAACAAAAAAUUAUGUAUCUGCGCCAGCAAAUUCGCCGUAUUGAGGAGUCGAAGACUCAGAACGCGUUCAUGUCGGACGAUACUUAGGAUCAGGAGCAAUUUAGGCUGCGCGUGCAUCGUAAGCUGUCAGUCAGGCUCAAAAAGAGCUCCCUUUGGCGCAGCUGAUGAUGAUGAAAGCAAUGCCCACCAUCCCAUAAAUCCAUGCAGAUGAGCUGAUGCUACUAAGUCAACAACUCGUCUGUUUGCUCAUUCCAAUGCAGAUUCCGGCUGAUGAAUCUGAUCUUGAGCUGGGCAGAGCUGGGCUA